GUUCAGAGGGCAGCCUCGUGGAUGGCCCCGGAGCAGGCCAGAUGGAACAGGACAGAACCAACCAUGUUGAUGGCAACAGAUUGAGUCCAUUUCUAAUACCGCAAUCUACUCACGUUUGCCAGGCGGAGCCUUUUUCAAUGAAGCUACAGAAUGGAAGUCCCGUAACAGAGAGGCCCAAAGUCGAAGUCAAUGGUGACCAUGAGUGGCUAUUCAUCAAAAGCAACCAUGGAGUGUCCCACGGGAAGGGAAACCCAAACAACCGAGUUAGCCCUGACCUCUUACAGGAAAAGAAAGUAUAUUCCAAAUACAUGCAAAACGGUGGCAUAAAACGCACUUUUAGUGAGCCCUCUCUGUACGGACUUCAUCAGAGCAAGAAAGUUAGACAAGACAAAGAAGUAAACGGAGACAAAGCUGAGCCAGAAGAUAACUAUGAAAAACCAAGUGUCUCCAAUUGUUACAGUGAGAAGAAAUACGAGGGUUUCAUGGGACAAGAAAAUGAAGAAGCUUCAGAUUUGAAAGAGACUCCGAGAUACAACAGUGGUGGUUCAGAAAGCCCUCAAGACCUCUUGGUGCAAAAUGAACAGGAGCGGGAGAAUGUUCAUUGCCACAACAGGGACAUUGUCUUACUACUUAAGAACAAGGCGGUGCCAAUGCCUAAUGGUGCUACAGUUUCUGCCUCUUCCAUGGAAAGCAUGCAUGGUGAACUCCUGGAGAAAACACUGUCUCAAUAUUAUCCAGAACACGUCUCCAUAGCAAUGCAGAAGAACACAUCUCAUAUCAAUGCCAUUACCAGUCCGGCUACUAAUGAGUUGUCCUACGAGACAACGCAUUCAUCCCAUACCUCAGGGCAGAUCACUUCCCCACAGACCUCAAGCUCAGAGCUGCCUCAAGUGCCAGCUGUAGUGGUUACUGAGGUCUACAGUGCAGGAGACUCCAGUAUACCACCUGCAAUGCCAGGUAGCUAUUCGCUUCAGAAACCAGAACUACAGCUACAGCAACCAGUUCCAGGCUACGAGACACACCAGGUAUCUGUAGGAAACAGUGCUAUCCAUGGAAAUACGGGGCAGGCUCUCAACCAAGACCUCUCUCUCAAUUCCAGCAGUAACCUGCAAGCUCAGAAGGCCGCUCUGGAAAGGUUUUCUGAGCAAGCAGAAAAUAAUGGUGCUUUGUUUAAACAGAACUCAAUGUUUAAUAAUGAUUCCUCCACUCCUCCUGCUCCAGCAAUGAACAGUGCACUAUCCGCCGCGGCGCGAGAAGGACACCGGUCCUAUGACGAGCGAUGUAAUGAAACUCUCCCUGAAGAGAUUAAGGAUGAAGGGCAACAGCAGGGACCAAUAUCAGAAAGUCCCGGCCUCAGCCAGCAACAGCUCCCCGCGCAGCAGAGGCUUCCACAGCAGCCUCAGGCGUCCCAACAAGAUGUCGGUGCAAGCAACCCACAAUCUGCCGCGGCCGCCACAGCUCAGCAGCGCCCAAAAGAAGCAACGCCGACAUCAGAGCUCCCCAUGCAAAAACUGCAGGCCUAUGGAAGUGACAGCGAGUUGCAGCAACACUAUCAGCACUUCCCAGGACAGCGAGAACCUGAUAUGCCUCCUGAGAAAGAAAAGGACCAACUGAAAGAGCCUGUGCAGCAGACUGCACGUUACUCAAAAGCAGCCUGGAUAGAGUUGGUCUCCACUCAGUUUCGCCAGGGAGAGCCCCCUCAGAAGCCCAACGAAGUGCUAUUGCGGUCGAUUCUUCAAUUCCAGGCCAAAGCGACCGAGCCACCCUACCCAAAACAGUAUGCUGGAUGUCCUGAUGCAUUAAAGGGGCCAGCAGGACAGCCCCAGAGCCAGAAGAUAAUGCAACAGGAACAAAUUCCUCUGCUGUAUAAGAGUGAGACCUCCCAGCUACAGCCGCCUCCUGCAGCUGACCAGCAGCUGCCAUUCCAGAAACACUCGCCGCAGCCGCCGCUCGCCAACAUGGAUUCCUUGCAGAAGGCCCCGGCGCAGCAACACCCUACGCAGCAGCUCCAUCUCCAGCAAAGGCCAGAGCCAAAAGCCGAGCAGCCGUUAGGGGCUCCCCUGAAACAGCAGCUCUUGAACCCCCAGCCCGGGGAGAACGAGCAGUUCCUGCAUUCACACAUUUUGCAGCAGAUGCUCCAAAAGCAGGCGCAGCAGACCCAGCUGUCGCGCAGCCCGCAGCUAACCCCAACCCAGCAACAGGCACUGCAGAUGAAAACUAAAGAGCUACCCCAAGCCAUUCCCCAUUCCCAAAGCAACACCGAACAGCCGCUCGACAGGACAUCUUUCAGUCAGCUUAAAGCAGAUGAAUGUUUUCAAACUGGGAAUAAGUACAUGAAACCAAGCGCAUUCCCGCUGCAUAACCCUCAGCUAAGACUAGAGCAGGUCCAGAGCAUGAACAGUAAAGCUCCCCUCUACAGCCAGAAGGCGAACGCUAGUCUGCAGCACCCCUGCCCAAACAACGUGCACUUGAUUCCCGAGAAGAAGGAGACUGCUGCGAAGAUGGAACGCUUUGGAGCAAGCAAAAUGCAGGACUUGCAACAGGCACAGUAUUUUUCAAAUAACUUGACCCCAAAGCAAGAUGUGAAUCACGGUUUUCACGAACAAGAACAACAGACACAGCAAGCUUCAGUUAUACAGCUGCCACUCCAGCAAGCCCAAGGCUAUGGCAGUAGCCUGGGCCAGGAUGUCCCUAGCCAACAAGCCCCACAGGUUCCUCAGCGGUACUUACCCCCCGGCCAACAAAUGCCCCCGCACUCGCAAGAGCAGCGAGGCUGUCACUUCCAGGCGCAAACCCAUAAGGAUUUUCAAAAGCAUGCUGCUCUCAGGUGGCACCUCUUACAGAAACAGGAGCAACAAGCCCACCAGCAACCCAAACCCGACAUUGGUGCCAGCGCCGUGCGCAAGCCCAUAAAAAUCGAGGCUGGCUCAAAGUCUAAUGCCUGCAUGCGUCCAUCAACUGGACAGCUGGAAAACAAAAUGUGGAGAAAAACAAUUAAACAAGAGAAUCAGCACUUUGGCUGUGAGAACAUGCAACAAAAGAGCAUCAUUGAGACAAUGGAACAGCAGCUAAAACAGAUACAGGUCAAAUCACUGUUUGAUCACAAGACUUUUACUAUCAAAUCACCCAAACAUGUGAAGGUAGAAACAGCAGGCCCUAUCACCAUACUAUCAAGAAAUACCAGUGCUGCAGAAUUUGACACUCAAACCCCCGUCUUAGAUCAACAAGCAAACCCCACUGCUGAGAAAACCCCAACUAAAAGAACAGCUGGAACUGUUCUCAAUAAUUUUUUAGACUCACCUUCCAAGUUAUUGGAUACUCCUGUAAAAAAUUUAUUGGACACACCUGUCAAAACCCAGUAUGAUUUCCCAUCUUGCAGCUGUGUUGAGCAAAUUAUUGAAAAAGAUGAAGGUCCUUUCUAUACCCAUCUAGGAGCCGGUCCUAAUGUGGCAGCUAUUAGAGAAAUCAUGGAAGAAAGAUUUGGACAGAAGGGUAAAGCUAUAAGGAUUGAGAGGGUUGUCUACACUGGGAAAGAAGGCAAAAGCUCCCAAGGAUGUCCUAUUGCUAAAUGGGUAGUCCGCAGAAGCAGUCAGGAGGAAAAGCUGCUGUGCCUGGUGCGCGAGCGAGCGGGCCACACGUGCGAGACGGCCGUGAUCGUGAUUCUCAUCCUGGUCUGGGAGGGCAUCCCCACGAGCCUGGCCGACAAGCUGUACUCGGAACUCACCGACACGCUCAGGAAGUACGGCACACUCACCAACCGGCGCUGCGCCCUCAACGAGGAACGGACUUGUGCAUGUCAAGGGCUGGACCCUGAAACUUGUGGUGCUUCAUUUUCCUUUGGGUGCUCCUGGAGCAUGUACUACAACGGCUGUAAGUUCGCCAGAAGCAAGAUUCCAAGAAAGUUUAAGCUGAUGGGGGAUGACCCAAAAGAGGAAGAAAAACUAGAAUCCAAUUUGCAGAACCUAUCCACCCUGAUGGCUCCCACCUACAAGAAGCUUGCGCCUGAUGCAUAUAAUAACCAGAUCGAGUACGAACACCGAGCACCGGAGUGUCGCCUGGGGUUGAAGGAAGGUCGCCCGUUCUCGGGGGUCACCGCCUGCCUGGACUUCUGCGCUCACGCUCACAGGGACUUGCACAACAUGCAGAACGGGAGUACACUGGUUUGCACACUAACUCGAGAAGACAAUCGUGAAAUUGGCCAAACACCAGAAGAUGAGCAGCUGCACGUGCUCCCCUUGUACAAAGUCUCUGAUGUAGAUGAGUUUGGAAGUGCUGAAGGCCAGGAGGAGAAGAAGAGGAAUGGCAGCAUCCAGGUCCUUACCUCCUUUCGCCGGAAAGUCAGGAUGUUGGCAGAGCCUGUUAAGACCUGUCGGCAAAGGAAGCUAGAAGCAAAGAAGGCAGCGGCAGAAAAGCUUUCCUCCUUGGAGAACGGGGCUAGCAAAGCUGAGAGAGAGAAGGCUGCUGCAGCACGCAACAAGCAAGCCAAUUCAGAGGCAGCAGGUCAUGCAAAACAGCUAGCAGAUCUUUUACGUCUUUCAGGACCAGCCACACAGCAGCAGCAGCAGCAGCCGCAGCAUCCACAGCGCACUCUCCCAAACAACCCUCAGCCAAAUCCUGCUAACUCUUACUCGGGUUCGGGUUCUGCAAACCUUUAUACGAGGUUGCCUAAUCCAGCCAGUGCUUACCCAAGCUCUUCGUACGCUUCAGAUCCUUACAGAGGGUCCAGCCCCAUGAACCUCUAUACAACCUCAUCACAGCCUGCAGGGUCUUAUUUGAAUUCUUCCAGUCCCAUAAACCCUUAUUCAGGAUCACUGAGUCAAAAUAAUCAAUAUUCACCCUACCAAUGCAAUGGAAACAUAUCUAUGGACAACUGCCCCUCUUACUUGGGCUCCUACUCUUCCCAGCAUCAGCACAUGGACUUGUACAGGUGUCAGAGCCAAGACCCUAUGUCUAAAUUAAGCCUACCGCCCAUUCAAACAUUAUACCAGCAUAGGUUUGGGAAUAACCAGAGUUUUGGUCCCAAGUACUUGAAUUAUGGAAACCAAAAUAUGCAGGUAGACUCCUUCAGUAAUUGCACCAUCAGACCAAAUGUACACCAUGUAGGGUCUUUUUCCUCUUACUCCAACCAUGAGGCUGAUGGCCACUUUAUGGAGGUUGCCUCAAGGUUAAAAUCUAAUUUGAGUAAUCCAAGCAUGGACUAUGCCUCCAUGAGUAAAACAAGUGAUCACCACCACACACAACCCGCACCGCAUUUAGCACAUGACUACCAUUCUGCUCCAAGUGUAUUUAGUGGUGCUCCUAAUUCGCUGCAUCUCCAACAUAAGGAGAGCGAAAUGAUUUCACACGCAGCUAAUGGUCUGUCUAACAUGCUUCCAGGUCAGAACCAUGAUAGGACUACUCCCCAGGGUGGUUUAGAUAAAACUGAUGUGCUGCAUCCUGAAAAAGCAGAGGAUCCCGAUGAAGUCUGGUCAGAUAGCGAGCAGAGCUUUCUGGAUCCAGAAAUUGGAGGAGUGGCAGUUGCUCCAUCUCAUGGGUCAAUUCUUAUAGAGUGUGCAAAGCGUGAGCUCCAUGCAACAACCCCCCUAAAAAACCCCAACAGGAACCAUCCCACCAGAAUAUCCCUUGUCUUUUACCAGCACAAGAGCAUGAAUGAGCCAAAACAUGGUCUGGCUCUGUGGGAGGCGAAGAUGGCUGAGAAGGCAAGGGAGAAAGAGGAAGAAUGCGAGAAAUACGGUCCAGACUACGUGCCUCAGAAAACUUACGGCAAAAAAGCAAAGCGAGAGCCUGCAGAACCUCACGAACCCUCAGAACCAACGUACGUGCGCUUCAUCAAGUCUCUCGCACAGCGGACGCUGUCGGUCACCACAGACUCCACAGUAACUACGUCUCCAUAUGCCUUUACACGGGUUACAGGGCCUUACAACAGAUAUAUCUAACAUCACCCCUUUGCCGGUUACCUCAUCGGAAAAAGGCAGCGUGGCGGUAGGGUAGUUCUUGUUUAGGGUCGGGGGAAGACAAAGUUGGGGAAGGAAACAGUGUUUUCAUGAAACUCAUCAGUGGGAAAAACCUCAGCACACCAGCAAAAAGAGGUAAUCUUACUAGCGCACUUAUUUUCUGCUGAUUUUUAAGUGGUCACAGAUGGCACGUAGGAAACAAGACCAAAGCAUUCUAUGCAAAAACAAAACAAAAAAGUGUUUUGCAAUUUACAUUUGAAAACACUGGCUCCAUUACUGAAAGAGAUAAUCUGCAAAUGGAUUUUUUUUUUCUUACGUUUUGCACAUCUGUGACCACUUUUAAUGUCAUCAAGUUUGCAAAGUCAUGGAACAGGAGCAAAAAAAAAAAAACCCUAAAAAAUAAUACUGUAGUAUUACAACCGCAGGAAUCUUAAAAUAACAUCUGGUGCUGAAUCUAUGAUGUACUGAAAUACUGGAAUUAUGGCUUUUUAACAUGCAGUUUUUACUGUAAUCUUAAUAGUCUUGAUUUUAUUUAACAAAGUAGAUACGUAAAAAAACAUAAUGAAUAGACAGAAAAAACACUGAAUUUGUUUGGAUAUUCUAAAACAUGGUGCUAUCUAAGAGAAUGGUGUCUUUAUUUUAACAGUUAAACAGUUAAUGCCUUUAUAACAAUUAAAAUGUCAAUGAUGUACUCAAAUGUUCUUCAGAAACAAGGAGGACCUUUUCAUUGAUGUAUGUAUUAAAUUCACCUGAUGUUAAAAUAAGCUUACUUUUUAACAUAUGGGAAUUACGAAGACGUCUGGAUUUUGCUCAUCCAGUCAAGUCCUAGAAAAGGACAAUAAAAUAUAUAGAGAGAUAUUUUUUUUUAAAUAGUGUUUCAAAAGCACUUUGUCUACCUAAGCUUGGCAACUUGAACAAUGCUAAGGUACUAAGACAUUAAAAAAAAAAGAAAAAAAAAGUUUACUUUGAUUUUAAAAUGCAAAGAUAAUUUUUUUAAAAGAAAAAAAAACUUUUAAAUACUUUUGUUUUAGCCGUGCAUCUGCUAAUGGACUACAUAUCCAUUUUUAAUACAGUCAGUUACAGUAAAAAUGGGGCUUACUGGAUACAAGGGAAUACUUUAGUACACAAAACACAUGUUUUUCUGGUGCUCAUCUCACAAGCUAUACUGUAAACUGUUUUCUACAAUUAUUAUGACAAGUUCAUUGCUCAAUGUGUACAGUUUUAAGGAAAGAAUUUUAUAUUAACCACAGGUAAUAAUUAGCAGCAUGCAACCAAUUACAACUAGUUAGCUUGGGCUUCUGCUGUUUUUAAAGAUCUGUACGCUCUUCAAAUAUUGAAUGGCAGAUUGCUUUUGUGUUGAUAAUUAUGUACAUUGUGGUGCAAGUCAUUUCUUGGUGCAAGUGUCCUCUUUUCCAGAAAGAUUGAACAGACUGAUGCCUACACAAAAUGAAUGAAACAGGGUUAGUUCUGUGUGAUUCCGUUGAUUAAAUAGAAAAAAAAAUAGGCAGCUGGCUUGCUGUGGUGGUUUUAAAUCAUUAAUUUCUAUUAAAAAAAAAGCAGGAGAGUUGUAUAGUAAAUUAAAUUGUAAACAAAACUUUUUUUAACGCAAUGCUUUAGUAUUUUAGUACUGUAAAAAUAUUAAAUCUAUAUAUAUUUGGGUUUUGAGCUGAAUUCACAUCAUGGUGCUACUCAGCCUGCUACAAAUAUAUCAUAAUGUGAGCUAAAAAUACAUUAAAAGGUUUGAGUGAUGUUCCUACUUGUCAUAUACCUCAACACUAGUUUGGCAAUAGGAUAUUGAACUGAGUGUGAAAGUUUAUAUAUUGUAUACCAUCUUUUCCCCCCCAAUAGCCUUU